AUGAGCACAUACGGAGGAAAAGGACCUAUGACCAAUGCAGUCCUUUGGGUGCUGGUGGUCAUAUUUGCCAUUUUUGUGGCACUUCGACUCUAUACACGAAAGGAGAUUUUGAAUUCUGUCGGUGCUGAUGACUACCUAGCGGUACUUGCACUGGUGAGAACAAUAAUGAUCUACUAUGAGUGUGUCCUCAAGACUGACUCGCUGCAGAUUGUGCAUACCCUUUACACCGUUUUCGUCACGAUAGCGACUACCUACGGUCUAGGAAGACUCUUUGCCGAUGUCAAUGAUAUUGCAAGUUACAUCACCGCCACCAAGUAUGAAGUGUUUAGUCAAGUGGCCGGCAUCAUGGCUAUUGGGAUAGGAAAGUUGGCAGUUGGCUCCUUCCUUCUUCGAAUUGUACGAAACAGGAUCCAAAUUGGGUUUAUUUGGGCUUGCAUGGUUAUCACAACCAUCAUCACGUUAUUUGCCAGCAUCACUGUUGUCGUACAGUGCAUACCAGUUGAAAGGACAUGGAAUCCAUAUGCCAAGGGAUCGUGUUGGCUCAAUUUUUCUAAUGUCGGAUACACUGUUGGAUCAUGGUUUGUCGCCGCCGACUUUUGUUUUGCCAUUCUACCAUGGUUCGUUAUCUGGGAUCUCAACAUGAAGAACAAGGAAAAGAUCACUGUUGCAUGUGGUCUAAGCCUUGGUGUCUUUGCUGGGAUAUGUGGCAUUGUUCGCACUGUGGCAUUAAGCGGACUAGACACCUCCGAGUACAUCUACGAUACUGUCCCGAUGCUUAUCUGGUCCGCAACCGAAAGCUGCGUCACGAUCAUGUGUUCAUCAAUCCCCGUCCUACGCCCUCUCUACGUUCGCAUCAGAUACGGAACGGAAGGUAAAGACAGCUCGGCUGGCAAUACCUCUUACAAGCUGCCCAUGUAUGGCAGCGGUCGCAAGCAUGGCAGUCUGUCAAAGUCCGGCCUCGAGAAUUCGAUCGUCGAGCCAAGUCCCAAGUUCUACCCGCAGCAUACAGUGGUGAGGUAUAACACGAAUAACACGAGUGAUGAGAAUAUCCUUGACGGCGCUGCGGGCAUUGAGAGGACGGAUGAGUAUACAGUUAGCUACGAACCGUUCCCUAAGAAGGGCUAG